GUGUACAAAUCCAGCGAUGUAAACAACAACGCAAAAGACAAGUCUCACAGUAUUGACAACACCACGGGAAUUUAGAGCAUCACAUCCCCGCAUCAAACGGUUCACCUCACUCUGGCUGACAGCCAUGAACCUCCCCGUCACUGUCAAAGUGAACUUUAGGGGCAAUGUGAAGAAAUUUCCCGUCUUGGACACGAACAAAGCACAGUGGGAGACUGUAGAGGCCUGGAUUAAAACUACAUUCGGCUUGAGUCAUUUCCAAGUGAAAUAUUUUGACGAGGACAACGAGGAGGUGUGCAUAAACAGUCAAGAUGAAUACACAGAAGCGUUGAAGAGUUCAUUCAAACAAGCCAACCAGCUACACAUGAAUGUGUAUAAGAUGAAGGGCCAGGCAGAGGGUGGUGCUGUGAAGCCAGAGCUAAAAGAACUAAAGAUAGACCCCAGACCAGCUCCUCCGUAUCGAGCAAGGGUCAAGAUGGCAGACAAAGAGACCCAGGUGACCCCUGAACGGGAAUCUGCUGUAGUGAAAGAAAACAAAGGGAUGAAAACAGAAGAGGAAGCAGUCCCAACAUGGUUCAAAUCUUACAUGGACAGGUUUAAAGACCAAGUUGUACGGGAGGUGGUGGACAGGAUGUGUAGUGAGUUUUCUGGCCAGUGUUGCACACACAAAGCCCCAGAUCCUCCCACAGAGCAGCCGAGCACUUCUGGCACUCAGAAAGCAACUAGUUCUACCACACAAAGGGCCUCCAGCUCAACUCCAAACUGCAGUAGCUGCAAAGGACCAGCCACUGGUGGAGGAUAUCAGUGCAGCGUUUGCCCAUCUUGCAUCUUAUGUGAGCCGUGUAGUCAUAAACACGACCCCAGCCACAACCUAAAGAGGACAAGGACUCCGUUGUCGGUCCCUGAACGUGGAGUUACUCCAGAACCCAGGUUUCUGAGGCGGGGUGACCGGACAGUGCGUAAAGCCGAGAGGCAGCGGCUGAAAGCUGAGCGGAGGCAGUUGAAGGCAGAGGUGAAGGAGAUCAAGAAGAAGCUGAGGCUGGAGAAGAGAGGUCUGCUAUGGAGUGGAGCCUCCAACGGGACCGGCACCUCAGGCCUUCCCCUCGCUCCCGCCCCGUCUCUGGGCCCAGGACCAGCCCCAGCUUCGACCCUGUGCCCAGACCCUCAAACUUCCAGUCCAGAGGGUCCCAAGGUCUCCUGCUCCACCUUGGUGCCCACAAUGACUGCCUUGUUUCUGGAUGAGAAUCUACCAGAUGGCACUUGUCUGGAGCCGGGCACCAAGUUCAUCAAGUACUGGAAGAUGAAGAACACUGGCAACAUCAGCUGGACCUCGGAUACCAAGUUAAAGUUUAUGUGGGGGAACCUGACUCUGGGAUCACGUGAACAGAAAGAGGUUGCGGUGCCCUUUCUGCAGCCGGAUCAGGUCGGUGUGGUGAGCGUGGCGUUUGUGGCGCCCCUACUGGAAGGCACCUACACUUCUCAUUGGCGCCUGGCACACUGCGGUGUGCAGUUUGGACCGAGAGUGUGGUGUAGCAUUGUAGUUGUGCCAAGCUCAGGGCAGAAACCCAGCUCCUACUGCAGUAAAUCACUGAGGGCUGAUCUCUGUCUAAUGAGAAAAGAGGGGGUGUUCUGGUCGGGCACCAGAGACUGUGAUGCUCAAGUGUCUACCAGUUCCAGGAGAAAAUACUACACCCCCUCUGUAGAUUUACUAACAGCUCAGGACCUUCUAUCCUUUGAGCUGCUGGAUAUAAAUAUUGUGCAAGAAUUGGAGAAGGUCCCAGCCAACACUCCAGUCGAUAUGACCCCCUGCGUAACUCCUCCCACUCAUCUCGGAUCCUCGCUGGGAAAGCACGGGACAGGACUGAGCAAAGUCAAAGCUGGACGUUCAGGCGGGAAGAAGACUCAAGUGUUGCAGCCUCAGAGACAAAAUGAUCUGGACAUCCCAGCCAAUGAGGAAGGAGAUGAAGACAUCAGCGGGACGCAGUUUGUCUGCGAGACUGUGAUUCGUUCGCUCACUCUAGAGGAAGAGCCAGAACGCAAACCUCAGCGCAGGGCUCGUCCCAACCUGAGCAGGACUAACCUUCGUGACGCUCCUCGCGUUCAGGAAAGAUUGUUACUGGCGAAGAACGAUAAACUUUUGGCAGUCAUAAACAGACCUGAGGCUCCACCCCCUAUACCAAAGCCAAUCAUAACAGAGGAACCAGUCAUGCCAGUCUUUUCAGAGGCUUUGAUUGGCUCAAAUGAAAACAUCUACACUGACCCAGCUGCACAGGAAGAGAACGAAGAGGAAGUGGAGCAAAAGGCACAUGGAAACGGUCACGAGAAAGAGGAAGAAGCAGGAGAGUGGGACGAGGUGAGCAGCCAGGUGUCAUCUGCCUCAUCAGAGGACUACAUUGUCAUCCUGCCUGACUGCUUCGAUACUUCCAGGCCCCUGGGAGAUUCAAUGUAUAGCUCAGCAAUGUCCCAGCCUGCAGCCCCUCCCACCAACGAAGUAGCGGCGCCGCAAAUCCAGAGCAGUGCUGAAGGAGAGAUCGAGGAGACCACCCCUGCUCCAGCUCUUCAAAACAGCAUGAAUAAGAUGCUCUGCACCUCUCAAAUACUGGAAACCCCCGCUCUAAUUCCAGAGAUGGUGCCUCCACCCAUAGCUCUGUCACCACCCCCAUCGCUUCGAACCCAUAGAUCGGUGAGAUCUCAUGAUCUUGAACCAGGGACCUCUGAAGAGAACACAUGCAAGCCUGAAGAUGACUCAGAUGGUUGCAAAUCGGCUCAUUCAGAGGCCCCUGUUAGUGCCUUUGAGACCUGCAGCUCCCAGGAACUCAGGGUGCAUCACGGUGGUCUGACAGAGGGUCUGGUGAAGGGAGCACUCUCUGUGGCCGCUUCUGCUUAUAAAGCACUCUUCACAGGCCAGAGCACAUCUCAGCGGCCUGCCGUUGACCCAGCCUGCGAGGAUGCCUCCUUGAUGGCGGUAUUACAGGAGAUGGGCUUCAGUAAUCAGCUGCUGAAUCAGAGGUUGCUAAGAAAGCAUCACUACAAUUUGCUCGAUGUUGUCAACGAGCUGGUGCAGUUGACCGACAGCGAAUGGCACAUCUCAAGACACUAGGAGGCACCGUGGCGACCUCAAUGAGUAUGUCAUGAAGUAUAAGAAUUGUAAAUGAUUUCAUCAUUUUGCAGCAUUCUCUUCAAGAGUGGGCUGGUGUUAAACGCUUCUGAUGUUCUUUGUUAGAGAAAUAGUGUGGACUCUUCAAAAGGGUCUGCUGAUAAUAGCUGCAAUGAUGCAAUUACUUGAUUGUAUACUCUUAGUUUAAUGUUUUUAAAGACGUUAUGAAUGGGGUAACAGCAUAUGUUUUUAGCAGUCUUUAUGCUAUCUUCAAUCUGUGUGUAUGUGCCCUACUAACAUGUAUAGACUUCUCUUCUUAGAAAGGCUUCAGGUAUCUUUUGUACUGCUUGAUAAGAUGAGCAUUAUUUGAGACUAUAUCCCGAGGGUUUCGGUUUGUUUGGAUACUUUUAGGAUUGCCUGUGUUGAUUUGUUCUUUGUCACAGUGACCUCUAUAUUUGUAUAGCUUAUUUUCGAUGACACUAAUUCAUGUCACAUUAAGGUUGGGCUACUACAUCAUAGGAAUGUGUGCAAUGAGUUUCUUCAGUCAUGCUUAACCAAACCAGUGAUUGAUUGGUUAAAAUUUUUGCUAGGCACAGAUUUUUGGUCAUAUUGUUAUUUUCAUGUGCUACCAAUGUAUUACUAUAAGCUGAAGGCUUAUAAACAUGGCUUUUGGUGUCCAACACAGUGAAUAAAAAUAUUCCACAUUACCAUUUGUUGGAAUGGAUUGU